AUCUCUCUUAAAUAAAUAAAAAAGGACCUUCACCUUCAUGACAGAAGAGUGUGUCAUGGCCUUUAGGAUUCAAGAUUUUAAUAGGCUGAGGAUUGACCGAGACUGAAGGAUUCUGGGUUACUCAUAAAUCUCUCCAAACUAAGACACACCCACCCUUACACACACUCCCACUCUCCUCAUUGCUACUGUUAUUGGUUGUGAGUAAAAAGAUGGCAUCCAGCCUUACUUGCACUGGGAUGAUUUGGGCACUUCUCUCCUUCCUCUGUGCUGCUGCCUCCUGCAUAGGAUUCUUUAUGCCCUACUGGCUAUUGGGGUCCCAGCUGGAGAAGCCGGUGUCCUUUGGCACUUUCCGGAGGUGUUCCUAUCCAGUGCGGGAUGAGAGUCGCCAGACUACAGUGAUGGUAGAGCAGUGUGGUCGCUAUGCAUCCUUUCAGGCUAUCCCAAGUGCUGAAUGGAGGAUCUGCACUGUGGUGACGGGGCUGGGAUGUGGCCUCCUCCUUUUGGUGGCGCUGACUGCGCUCAUGGGCUGCUGUGUGUCCGAGCUCAUCUCCAGAACUGUGGGCAGGGUAGCAGGAGGCAUCCAGUUCCUGGGAGGCUUGUUGAUUGGCUCUGGCUGUGCCCUCUAUCCAUUGGGUUGGGAUAGUGAAGAAGUGAGACAGACCUGUGGUAACCUUUCCAACCAGUUUGAAUUGGGUACUUGUGAAAUUGGCUGGGCUUACUACUGCACCGGAGGAGGAGCAGCUGCUGCUAUGUUAAUCUGCACUUGGUUGGCCUGUUUCUCUGGCAAGAAACAGAAACAGUACCCUUACUGAGGCUGGCAGCCUGAGAGUCCAGUCUAGAGAAUGAGUGAGCUUCGAGAGGCCGAAGUGACUUGCAGAUUUCUUCUUCUGAAAAAAGUGCUUUAGUUCCUAACUGCAGAACCCUCAGUCUGAAACGAGAGUGGACAUGGUCUAGGUCAGGAUGUGAGGUGACAUUGUGGGAUGGGAUGGGAUGGGAGUCUGGAGGUAUGGACCAAAUGCUCUUGUUUGCCAAGUUCUUUCUUGACAAAGUAUAUUUCAGGUCUGUUCUGGAAGAAUAUAAUUUUAUGAACAAGGAAUGUUCCUUUUUGAUAAAUUGUAAAGGUCUGGGUGCGCAAAUGAAUUGAAAGACUGGUGAAAAAAAUAUUUGGGGUAGGAUGCAAUCUUCCAAAGUUCCACUUCAGCACAACACUCCUGAAAGUGUGUGUGCAUACACACACACACACACACACACACAUGCAGACCAUGGCACAGAACAAAUGAAAUGCAAACUUAUUGGUGCAUUUUUCUUUCUUUUUUUAUUCAUUUGAUGGUUUUGAAUCCAAUGUUAUACCACUUUUUAAACUAUAUAUGAAACCUAAUAAAUGGACCAAUAAGCCACUUUAACAGUAUUUUGUAUAUUCUCUAUACUCUUCCACAAAACAUUUAUUCACUACUUAUUCAGUCCUAUAGAACUUUUAUGUAGCUUCCGUGUUUUCACCUUUAUUACGAAAAUGCAAUUUUUUUACUCAGCAUAUGUAGGGGCUUUGCCUAUGGUACUAUUAUGAAGGACAGUAAACAGAUAUCUUUCAGACCCUGGGGAAUUCCUCUCAUGGUACUGUAGGAUAUUGUUGGUUACGUAAGAUUAAUGGGAAACGUCUUCCAGAUAUAGAAUUUGUCGUUGUUACGUUUAGCUCAUGUUGUUGUAUUGUGCUGUAUCAUGUUUAUUAUUUCAAUAUCCAUUUUUGUAAACAAAAAAUAUAUAUAUAAAUGUGCUAUUAUGUUUGUAUUUGAAAAUCUCUGUAAAUAAAUUUUUCUCUGCUCAA